CGCGCUCGCUCCCGCCCUCCCGGCGCUCCGGGCGCCGCGCGCGGGCCCGGCCCGGGGCAGGGCGGACAUGGGAGCCAAGCAGAGCGGCCCGGCCGCUGCUAACGGCCGCACCCGUGCGUACUCGGGCUCGGAUUUACCUUCCAGCAGCAGCAGCAGCGGAGGGGCCAACGGGACCGCAGGCAGCGGGGCGCGAGCCGCGGCCGCCGGGAGAUUGCCGGCUCAGGUGCCCGGCGCGCACCAGCCUAGCGCCUCCGGCGGCGCCGCGGCGGCCUCGGCGGCCCCGCGCAGCCGCUCCCUCGGCGGGGCGGUGGGAACCGUGGCGUCGGGGGCCCGCGCGGCGCAGUCCACCUUCAGCAUCCCCAAUAGCAGCAGCGGCCCGUACGGCUCGCAGGACUCGGUUCACAGCAGCCCGGAGGACGGCGGCGGCGGCGGCGGCGGCGGCAGGGACCGGCCGGCGGGCGGGGGCCCCGGCGGGCCGCGCCUGGUGAUCGGCUCUUUACCAGCUCACCUCUCGCCGCACAUGUUUGGAGGAUUUAAGUGCCCAGUAUGCUCAAAAUUUGUACCCUCAGAUGAAAUGGAUUUGCAUCUUGUGAUGUGUUUAACAAAGCCAAGAAUAACCUAUAAUGAGGAUGUACUGAGUAAAGAUGCUGGGGAAUGUUCAAUAUGCCUUGAAGAGUUGCAGCAGGGAGAUACGAUAGCACGACUGCCUUGUCUAUGCAUAUAUCAUAAAGGCUGCAUAGAUGAAUGGUUUGAAGUAAAUAGAUCUUGCCCUGAGCACCCUUCAGAUUAAGCAUUUAGCUUCCUGUUUUAUAGGUUUCCUUGUCUUUUCAAGAUGCUUGAAAAACUGAGAGGAUAUGAAGAUCUGUCUCUGGAAAAGCAAAAACAAAAAUGCAGGCACACUCAGCCAGAAAUCUAAGUUCUGUGAAACUCAAUAUGCAGAGAUGGACAAUCAUACAGGAAAAAAAAAAUCCCACUCGAGAGGACAGUUGCCACAGAACUCAGUGUACCAAACAUGCAUAUAAAGGACACACAGGGAUUUUGAAAAUGCUGCAUAUCCCUUAAUAGUCAUCCACAUAGGUAAUACUGAUGAACAUUUUGUAUUCAGACGCCAAAGUUAACUGAUUUAAAAGUUGAUUUACUUUUUAUUAAGUUCUCUUGAACUGUGCAACUAGCUGUGUUUGAUUUGUUUUGGUUUUCACUUUGGGGUCCCUUUAUUUUCCCCAACAUGAUGUUCCUGCAUUCAUCUGUUCUGAAAUUGAACACCACAUAGUUUACUUCUUUAAAACUAAAGUUUUAAAUGUGACACCAAGAAAUGUAAUCAAGCAGUAAAACAUUCUCUGAAUGUAGACAAUGAUCUCAAGUUCUUCAAUUUUUUUUUUUUUCCAAGAGUGGAAAACAGACUUCUACAUAGGAAAGCUAAAGUAUGUUAAUAUUUUAAAUUAAAGGUUUAACAUUAUCAGAAUGCAGUCCAAAGAGUGAAAAUCACGUUACCUACUUAUAUUUUAAUUGAUUAAAUCUAGGAUUAUCUACUGAAUUGCAAUUUCUUAAAUAUAUUAUUUUCUUUUAAAUAAAACUGUUCAACAGUUAAUCAGCAAUGAAUCAUCUUGCAGCUAUGCAACUUAAAAAAAAAAAAAUCACCAGUUUUAAGUGCUGCCAGCUAUAGUAACUUUGUUUUAACGGGUAUGUUUGUUUGUUCUUUUAAUGUAAUUAUUUUAUUGUGCUUUGCAUCUCUAGGCAAUUUUCCCACAUUUGGGUAAAAUGUUUAGCAGGUUGUAAACUUAAUAACUUAUGAAAAGGGUAAAAUAAAAUUUCUUGAGUGGAACUUGGAAUAAUUUGAGGGGCAUUUUUAUAUACUUUUAAAAAUCAGAAUUUAAUUGGGAUGCCAGAUUUAUAGCAAUUUGCAUCUUUAAUUUUCCAGAUAAUCUGGAUGUUAGCAUUUGAUAAAUGAUUUUUUAAAGCAAACAUGAAGAUUUUGUUAAUUUAUAAUUUAUUAAUGUUAUUACUGUAAUUGAAAAUGUUGGAGACUUUUAAAUUCAGUCUGUGUAGAAAGAAAUGUAUUAAGCAAAACUAUGCGAAUAAAUAUUCCCACAAAAUAUAUCUGAAUGGUUAAAAAAUACUGGAAGAGAGCUCUCAGGGCUGUAAUAGUGAGGGGUUUUUUUUUGUUGUUUUUUUUUUAAUAUCGAAGACACCAAUAAAUAGAUUUUGUGUUUCCAACAUAGGGAAAAUGUUAUCAGUGAACAAUUAAAGCAGUGCACUUUACUAAGUAUAAUUGAAAGUUGCACAGUACUGUUUCCUUAUCUUAAGCUUUCUUUAAUAUCUUUAAGUAUUGCUUUUCUGUUUACUGCUGCUAUUCUUAAUCCUUCUCAAAUUUUUUCCCUACUUUAUUGCUUCUGAUUCAUUUUUUUAAAGGGGAGGUAGAGGAGCAACCGCUGCUACCCGUAGAAAUUUGUGUAUUUUAAACAAUUAGAAGAGUUUUUAAUGGCUUUCUGUGUGAUUCUAGACCAGAUAACAUUUUUCCUAAAGUUAAUGCUGUGAAAUGCCUUUUGUUAUGCUGCAAUUGAUAGAAGAAUCCAAAACCUUCAUUGUGACAGCCAACAGCACAGUUUCAUAGGUGCUUUCUUAACCAGUUACAGAAAAUAUUCUUUCCUCAAGGAAAAUAUUCUUUUCUUAAUUUUUUCUGUUGUCGUGAAAUCUUAAUAUGAAUGUAUCUUAGUUCAUGUUUUCAAUUUUCUAAGCUCUGCUCACACAUUACACGAACAUUCACACACGCACACGGAAGAAACCUCUUGGAAUGUGAAUAAUUCAUUUUGUUUCUCCUUUUCUAAUUCUAAGAAUUAUUUUGUUGGCUUCCAUUCUUAAAGGAAAAGAUUUGCUAUAGUUGUGGUAGUAAACUUUUGAUACUCUCUCGGAAGUUGAUUUUCCGAUAUAACUUGACUCAUUAUCUUCUAAAGUUGAUUGGCCUGAGUUAGUUUUCCUUCUUUAACCUGUAUCAUACUCUCAGAGUCUCGUUCACUUAGCCUCUCUUUGCAUGAGGUUCUGUGCUGCGGUUUCUGCAGUAGAAGCUCCUGUGGUUUAAAAGGAAGUUCAGUGUUUGUCCGUGUCAAGUGCUGCUUGAUUAUUUGUCUAGAACAGUAUUUACUUAAAUCUGCUUAUAAAAGUCGUUUUUUUUUUUUGGUUAAAAUUUAAAGAAGUUGGCUUUAUUCUUUUUUUCUACUUUAAAAUUGAGUCUCCAUCAAUUACUUCCUAAAAAGAAGAAUUUAGAAAUUGAAGUCAAAAGAUUCAUAAAGCCUAGAUACUCCAGUUUUUACUUAAAAUUACUAUUCUGAAAAAAUAUCAUAAGUAAUAUUACACAUAGUAUCACUUGUAAUGUUUGUAAAUUUAUAUACAGACAUUGAACAGUGUAACAUAGGACAUCAGGUUACCCAAGAUAUUUAAAUGCAUAGCUGAAAUUACUGACAACUGAAUAUUAUGAAGACAAAUAAAGAUUGAAAGCCUAGGUAAUAGUUUUCUAGAAUCUUUGUAAAUACUUGUUUUCAAAUAAGAUCGCAGUUGGGUAUAUAGAUUUCCUUGAGGGCCACCCUUUUCUUCAUAAUGGAUUUUUUAUUGCCAAUUUUGACUCAUUUUAUGUUAAUCUGGCUCCCCCCCCCCCCCCAGAAUGUAUAAGAGAGUGUAAGAACGUAUAAGAGUACAAUUAUUCUGUCUUCUUCUGGCUCCUUCCCAGAGAAAUAGACUAAGAAUAGUCUUAAUCUGUGUUUUCCAGGUCUGGUUAUAAAUCAGAUAUAGAUUGUGUUUUAAAAGUGGUGUUUUGAUUGAAAUAUAAAUAGCGUUUUCUAUGACUGAUUUUUUUUUUUUUUUUGUGGUAGCCAGAACAACUAAAAAGUCAGGUUGUUAUCCGCUGCAUAGUGUUUAGAUUUUGGUUUCUUAGUGCAAGUCUUCUGUUUCAUUUAAAUGUUAUUUACAAUUAUUUCAGUUUUCUCCUACUAAACAGUGUAGUCCUCAAAUGCCUGAGGAGCACAUUUGCAGUCUGUAUUUUGAAAAGAUUUCAGUUUAAAUUAGUUAAUGAAAAUACCAGAUUUUUUUCAAAGCUUGUUUUGCCUUCUAAAUUUGGGUAUGGUGAAGUUUAAGAGCAAUUGUUUAAUAUGUAGCAAGACCCGGGGAUAUUCCUUUAAAUGAAAAAAGCCUGUAAAUUUAAUGUGUAAAUAGUAUCUAAUUUUAUUUACUAACUUGGAGAGUUGAAGAAGGAAAAUUUCCUAACAAUAAGCUACAUUUGAACAAAGCAUGAACUUCUUUUUUAAAAUUCAGGAAUAAUUGAACUUAUCAGAUUGACAUCUACAUUAUGCAUUGAUAAUAAUAUCCAGUAAUCUUAUACUUUCAAAGAGGAAAUUUCCACAUAAAUCAGAUUAUUAGGAAUUUUGUAAAACGACACAGAGGUAAAUAUUGCUAUUAAAUAUGAGUACAGUUUGUUAGUUGCAGGAAGUUUCCUAGUUCAUUAGAGCCAUUUUCUUGAACUUUGAUUUAUCCUGAGGUGAACUCCAUACAUACUGACAAUGGGUAGUUAAAUGCAAAAUGUUCCUUGUUCUUGUACAGAUAUUUUCCAAGUUAAAACAUUUUAGCAUGCCAAUAUUUUGUCUUUGGCCCAUUCGCCUUUAUUUCUGAAGUAUGUAACUUCUGAUUUUUUCUUUGCUGUAUGGUAAAGCAUUGUAGUUACAUUAUCUGUGUUACUGGCCACUUUUCUUCAGAUCUUUUCAUUCUGAAAGUAAAUUGUUACUUGGUUUACUUUAUAGGAAAUUGCUACUUGGUAUACUCCUAGUAGUGAUCCUUAUUCAGGAAUAGCUGGUAAAACUUUUUUGGUAGCAACUUAUACAGACAGUACUUUGAGUACCAUGUGCAGCGAGUGCUAUGCUUAAGAUGGGAAACCGAAUGUUCUUUUCAAAUCACAGAAUUCCUGUACUGAAUGGGAAAUACCUCGUCUUCCAAGUUACCUGAUUCUCCAUGGAAAGUACGAGGCAUCAAAGAAAACCGGAUAUGACAAAGUUUAGUUUUAGUUGAAAGUGCAACAUCACUCUACUUAGGAGAGUUGGCAUAUCUUCAGAUACUUAAGCUAUCAUAAAUUUUAGACCAAUGGCUAAUAAUAGGAUAGAUUGAUUGUUGGUUCCUUGUUUAUAGAGAGGCGAAAAGCAGCAUGGCAUUAACUCACAUUCCAGUAAUAGAUGAAAUUUUAAAAAGUGAUGUUACAGUGUUGACCACCAUCAUUCUUCUUGACUCUGUGAGGCACCUGUCAGGUUCCCAGGUCUUAGAAUCAUAAAUGACUGACUUCUUCUAUUACUAAAUUCUCAUGACUUCCAUUUUCAUUUGGUAUGCUGAGAUCGUAAGUAUUGAUAAUUUAUAUUUAUAAACUUAGAGUUCUGUCAGUACCCUGUUACCAGUGAACCUGGUGCCAGCAUCUUGAAAAGGUGUCAUUGUAAGUCAAAAGCAUUUUGAGCAUCUGUGUGCAUGUAAUACAGUUAGCAGACCCUAUAGAGAUACACAAAAGAGAUUUUGGAAUUUGAUGAUGAUAUUAUUGAUCUUUAUUAUUACAGCAAUCCAUUACAUUUUAUUGCUUUGCAGUGACUAUAUGAGUUCCCUUAUUUGAAAAUCAUGGUAAAAAGAGAUAUUUACCUCUAUUGCUCUAUCCAUGGUUUCUUCAACUCUUCCAUUAAUACUUAAUUUCCUCUGUUAGAAGGCAUUUUCCUGUUAAGUAUCAAAAGCAUCAAUCACAAGAAAUAGAGAAAAUGUAUCAGAAACAAGUUGUAUUAGUAUGUUCUAAACCAAAAUGGAACAAUUCAUUAUUAUUUUAAUAAAUAAAACUUCCAAAUGAUCUUGCCAAAUUAUCCCAUUAUUUAGAGGUAGAAAAUAAGAAAAGAAUGCUUUUAAGGAAAUUUAUGUUUAAAUGUUUAAGUGUUGAUUGUACAUUACAAUAAAACAAUUGUCUAAAGUUGAAAGGUUACCAUGAAUUAAUUGAUGUCACAGUUUCUUCACCCAUUACCACAAAAUUGAAUCUAAAAAUAUGAGUUAAAAUUCUGUAAUAGUUUAAGAAGUGACUCUCUGUAAUGGUAAUGGACAGAGAAGUCUGUCGUUAUUACCACAACCAUAAGAAAAGAUGCACUUGGAAAUUUAUAAUGUAAAACCUAUUUGGUAAAUUUGUAAUUGCAAUUUGAUUGAAUAGUUAUUGAAUUUGGGAGUGGGUUGGUCUUUCAGUGCACAGUCAUAACGUUUUAAAUUUAGACUGAUUUUAAUAAGAUGCUGUUUUUCAAAGGAGAGUAAUUGCUCUUUUGAAGAACAAUUUUCCUGAUGAAAGAGGUAAUGAAUUUUGUAGUAUUGUGGUUAUGAACCUGGGUUCUGGAGCCAGAUUGCCUAGUUUUGCCAUCUCUGUGACACCGGGUGAGAUACUUCACUUCUCUGUGCCUCGCUUUUGCCUGUAAAAAGAGGUGGUACUACUGCCUACCUCAGGGUUGCCAUGAGGAUUAAAUGGGAAGGUAUGUAUAUGCACCAGACACAGACUAAGCACUUAGUAAUAAUGUUAGUAGUUUUUAUAGAUGAUAAAAUGUAUUUGUGCCCAUCUAUGAAUGAGUAAGUAAUUUUUAUUAUUUUCUUCAGUCAUGAGGUAUAGGAAUAACUCAUAGGCCUUAACUGGUCUAUUUAAGAAACCUGAGAAUUACAGAGGAUACUGUGGAUCCUGAUCUUCUCUCGCAAAAAUCUAGAGAUUUAUUUCAGAAAUUUUAUAUUCAGUGCUGCUUGGUUCUGCGGACUGUCAGGAAGCCAAGAAUAUAGAAAUCAAGGAUAGCUUACCUAUAGGAAUUUAAUCUUUAGUGGGUGAAGCAAAUAAGUAAAGAAGCAUAUAAUAAGGAAUAGUAAAUGCUGUGAUAGCCACACACACAGAGGUGUUGUGGAGGUAGUGAGAGGGUCAGUAAACUCAGACUAGGCAAGAGAAUGUCUAAACGUCGUCUGUAAGAACAAAAAGGUCAUAGCUCUAGGGGACAUGGAUAAAGGGACGUGUGUGGAAUAAGGGCUUGGGAUGGGUAUUCCCCAGGCGUGACGUGCUUGGAGAAUUGCUGUGUCCAGAGAGUUAAGCAGUGAUUAGAUCGAAGGCUUUUAAGCAGGAAGAAGACAGUUAGAUAGAGUUGCAGAGAGAGCUGUUAGAAAAUUUAUAGUAAUUCAGGCAAGAUGAUGAGAAGCAAAACUGAAGCAGUAACAUUAGGGAAAGCAAAGAUGGAAGAACUUAAAAAUGUAGAGUAGAAUUAACUCAUCUUGUAGUCCCUUAGAUGUAAAGGAUGACAGGUAAGAAAGACCCAGACAACUCCCAGUUGUACUUUUUCCACCUCUUUGAAAGGUUGAACCUUAAGGGCAGAAUAUCACUCCCUGGGGAAAGCUGAUUAUGCCAGAAGUAUCUGCUGGAGAACCAAAGAUAAAUAACACCGUUACUUCUGACAUGAAGGAUUUUGGGGGAUACAACCAUGGUGUAUUGAAGUUCCUGGGCCAGACGUCAAAUCUGAGCCACAUGCCAGAGAAGUGGCAACAGCCGAUCCUUAACCUGCUGUGCCACGAUGGGAACUCCAACAUGAAGGAUCUUAAAUGGGAGGCAGAGCCUUGAGAGAGAAGCAAGACAGGAAUGGUUGGCAACUUGUGAGAAAGCUGCAGGGGGUGGGGGUGCUGUUAGAAUUGGGAGGUAUCCAGACAAAAAUGUGGCCACCACUUAGAAUGCGUGGUGAGUGAGCUGCGCUGAACUGGGUUAAGACAUCUGGGUUGACUGAGUUGGACUCCUCCCCCCACCCCCCUCCCCCAGUCUCCUACUUAACCUUGGUUGCCUGUUGGAGUAAGGCCGUGCUUUCCCAGAUUCACUUAGGGAGUUGUCAAGAUACACUCUGAAGCAUUCUCGAGGUUUUCCCUUUGGCUCAUUUGUCCCAUACCCUUUCCAUCAUGCUAGUCUUCUCAGAUGUUCACAGCAAAAGUAAGCUACUCUUGGAAGCAGUCUUUUUAGAAACGGACAAUAAGGAUGAAUCCUGCUUUCCUGGUGGAUGCUGCAGUUGGGAUGGGUGGAUUGGGCUAUACAGGAGGGGACCAGAAGAGGUGUAUUAGUUCCUGAAACUGGGUUGCAGCUGGCUGUAUCACGAUCUUUGUUGAGCAAAGGACAGAAAAUGAGGCCUGGGAAACUUAUAUUUAGUUCCUGGAGAAGCAGCAGAAACUUGGGGAUAUCCUUGUAUUAAAUUAUUAGGUCAAGGAGUCCGUUUUGCACCUACAGAUUCACUAAUCUAGUAUAAUCUAGUCAGCUUAGGCUUCCUCAGUUUCUCCAAAUUGCUUCAAAGCUGCUCCUCUUGGUCACGUGGAACUUCCUAGCCUAGGAAUUUCUACAAAGCAGGGCCUGUGAGAAUAAUAGGAACUUAAUGCCUGGAAGGGAAUUGUCCUAAAAUGUCAAAAGUGCUUAUAUAUACUAAAUAUUACUACAUGAUUUAAAAUUUGGUUUCCCACAUAAAAUACAGUAAAAAACAGUUUUUGUGCAGUUAAGUACCUUCAUGUUAAGUUCUACCUUAUAGAACCUGAUUUCCAUGGUUCUCUCCCAUGAACUUAUGGAUGCAAUGUUCAUUAUUUUAUAAGGUUUUAAAAAGCACUUCCCAACAAAACGAGUUUGAGAUUUAAGUGCUUUUGAAUUGGCCUAUUUAUUAGCCGGAUAACAGCAAACUAUGUAGUAUUAGCGAUGUAAAUUUGUAUUUUAGAAAACUAUCAAGUAACUAUGUCAUGAACCUUUCAGAAUAACUCAUCCCCAAACUGAAAUCUUACUACAUUUCAAAAUUUAAGGUUAUUCAUGUCCAGAUUCAGAGGAUAUAUCCAUCAAGGAAAUCAAUGAUACAUGGUUCAACCCUUGUUGGGGCUCAAGCAUUGCAAAGGCUAAAGGCCUUUCUAGGGUAUUUCAGUAUCCAAACUAUUGUCAUUUUAGUAUGUGAUGAGUAUAAAAACUGUCAGUGAGCUAUUUCACAUUUUUUGUUUGUUUGUUUUUCUGUCUCUGGUGUGUAUUUUGUAUGUAUAGCACAUCUGUAUCCAGACCUAGCCAUGUUUUAGGUGCUCAGGAGCCGUAUGUGACCAGUGACUAUGUAUUGGACGUGCAGACCAAGAUGACUGAGGUUGACUUUCCACUCUAUCCUUAACGUGAUCAUUUUCCAAAGUCUUGUAAUUUCAGCUUUGUAAAGACCUGAGUCUCUCAAAGUUAAUUUCGCUGCUGCACAUGGGCAGAGUCGGUCCUAUUCUGUUACUGAAUCUGAGCUGAUUAUUUUGAUGUAAUCCUAUUGUAUAACCAGUAUAUAGCCUUUAUCUAGGUUUCCUCACAUCCCCAAAUCAGGGUGUAAGCCCUUGAGGAAGAGAGUGUCAAGUUUGUCUCAGCUCUGCAGCUAAGCUCUAGCUUCAUCCCCUCCGGUUCUCUUUCCUGCUUGAUUGGACUCUUGGCUCCUUUUGAAUGAGAAAACCACUCUUAUAUCCUUCUGCGUUCUUCCCAACUCUGGUUCAUAUAAUAAACUACCUUAUUCAGCCAGGGUCACAUCCUUGAUUUGCACAGCAAAGUUUAUAGAGUCCUAGAAGCCCUCUCUGCCUCCAGAACGUGGCUCUGACAAAUCAAAAGCCCUUUGGCUUUCAGGCUCUUGUCUCUUCCUUCAGCUUUCAAAAACUGGGGUGUCUGUCUCAUCCUCAUUGUCUCUCCCUACUGAAGGAGCAGCUGCCAGUGAGUCACUGAGUAGGUUGCUGUAAUCACAAGGACUGCAAGGAACGAAAAAUGUAGCCGUUAAUAAUUCAAAAAUAGUGUUUUAUUUUACGCGCGUCGAUCACAAGAAAGCCACUUUGGUAACUGUGGGUAACUAUAGUCUCAUAGUGUUUUCAUUCUUCAUGUUGGUAAUCUUGAGAAGUCUUCAAACCAUGAAGAAGAGUGUGUGGGAGUUACUCGAACUAGAAUGCAGAGUAGACUGAAGUGGUUCGUUCAUUUGCACUUACUUAUCAAACAUUUGACAGAUGUAAGAGAGUGUAUGCGACCCUGCAUACACUGAUGGGGAGAAAAGAUAGUUCCUGCCCUUAGGGAGCUUAUGGUUCAGAGUUCUUAGCAGAAGUUGGUCAUCAGCUGUGGUGUAGCGAACAUACAAAUAACAUGGGUCUCUUAAACCUAAGUUUUUCUUUUCCCUUCUGUUUUUAUUGAGAUAUAAUCAACAAACAGCACUGUGUAAGUUUAAGGUGCAUAGCAUAGGGAUUUGACUUCCAUACACACAUGACUACCACAAGUUCAGUGAGCAUCCAUUAUCUCAUACAGAUACAAAGUAAGAGUAAAUAAAAAAAAAUACCUACGGCCCUUGUGAUGAAAACUCUUAGGAUUUACUCUCUUAACUUCCCUUUACCAUACAUCAGUAUUAAUUGCAUCAAUCAUGUUGUACAUUACAUCCAUAAUAACUUACCUUGUAACUGGGAGUUUGUGCCUCUUGACCACCUUCUGAUCUGGUUCUUGAAUAAACAUUUGUGUCCGAUCUUUCAUGGCAUUAGGUUAUUAAAGUCAUUGGGAAAGACUUUACUCGACUGUGCAUCUGGUAACAGUUUUGUGCCUUGUGCCAGACCCUGGGUAUGUGUCGGUGCUGCUAAAACAAAGGUGAGAGCAGGUGAAAGUGCUACACACACUAGAUGGCAGUACGGACAGCCAGACGAAUUUGUUAACAUUUCCAUUCUUAGAGGCCUAGUUCCUUGAUGAGAAUGCUCUUGUGUUUCCAAAUUUUUUUCUCAGCUUAUUAAAAGCAACUAAUAAGUAUACAAUCUAAUGAGUUUGGAUACACACAUACACCUUUGAAACUGUCACCACGACCAAGAUGCGGGCAGUUCCAUCACUUCUUAAAAGUUACCUCAAGCCCCUUUGCAGUCAGUUUCCACCCAUCCGCCCUCAGGCCUGGACAGCCAUUGAUCUGCUUUGUGUAGAUUAGACAGAAAUGUCCAGUAUGUACUUUGUGUCAAGCUUGUUUGGCUCAGCAUAUCUGUCAGAGGCAUCAGUGUUGUGGCUUGAACCAGUUGUUUUUCUUGCUAAGUAGUAUCCUGUUGUAUGUGAAUAUACUAUAGUUAUCCAUUCUCCUAGUGGUGGGCCCCUGAGCUGUUUCUGGUUUGGGGCUAUUAUGAAUAAAGUGGCUAUAAACAUUUAUAUAUAAA